UGAUGCGCUGUGUCCCUCGGACACAGCGGAUCACCAAUCACGGAAAGAGCCGAAUAUGUCGGCUCGGUCAUGUGAUCAGCUGUGUCCAAUCACAGCUGAUCACAUGGGACAUGUACACUGAUCAUCAGGGCACUGAUGAUCAGUGUGCCCUGAUGAUCAGUGUAGCCCCAGCAGUGCCACCUGUCAGGGUCCAUCAGUGCCCUAUGUCAGUGCUCAUCAGUGCCUCAUCAAUGCCACAUAUCAGUGCCUACCAGUGCACAUCAAUGCCACAUAUCAGUGCCCAUCUGAGCUGCCUUUCAGUGUCACCAUCAGUGCCAGUCAGUGCCACCUAUCAAUGCCAAUCAGUGCCACCUAUCAGUGCUGCCAAUCAGUGCCACCUAUCAGUGCCAGUCAGUGCUGCCUAUCAGUGCGCAACAGUGCCGCCGAUCAGUGCCCGUCAGUGCCACCUAACAGUG